AUGGUCAGCUGCUUGACUGAGACCUCCGUAAUCCUGAUGGUUCUCCUCUGCUUCGCCAGUGCCCUGCGUCUCAGAGAGCCCGAAGCCGAUUUGGAUGAUGAGGACAUCGAUUUUGUCGUACCACCACCGCUUCGAUUUCACAAAAGGUUUCCCAUGAUGGGUGAGUUUGGUGAUGGUGCUAUGUGGAGCCCCAUGGGUGAACGAGAAGUUGCAAGACGCUCGGCGCAUUUUGCUUGGCGACCACACUCAAGGUUUGGACGACGAUAA